UUGCCAAUGUUCUUAGGUUUCUUUCAAAAGAGAAGGUAAAGAGCGAAGCAGAAACAUACGCGCGCGCCUGCUGUUCUUCGAAUCGAAACCAAUCUGAUUCUCAUCCGCUAAAGAAAAAGAUAUGUUUUUGAUUCGUAAAAACUCUUCUUUUCUCCUCAACUACCUCGUUUCAAAGAGUAAGAUCUCCACCCUCUUCUCCUCUUCUCAGUUCCGAAUCCCCCUCUCCCUCUUCGCCUCAAAAGUCAAAGACCCGCCCCCAAAAUCCUUCUCCAUCGUCAACUACCUCAUCGACUCUGUCGGUUUAUCUCCAGAAGAAGCGAUCAAAGCUUCCAAGUCCGUAAUCCACAUCAAAUCACCCUCGCAUCCCGACUCCGUCCUCCAAUUCUUCAAGCAGAAUGGUUUGACCGAUUCCAACAUCAAAAGGAUCAUUUUGCAUCACUCCAGAAUACUAUGCGCUAAUGUAGAUUCUACCCUGAAGCCGAAGAUUGAAGGAUUGAGUAAGCUAGGGUUCUCUGAAACCCAGAUUGCCAAACUGGUUACCGCUAAUCCCUUCAAUCUCAAUUAUCUGAGUUAUUGCAAUGUGCUUCCUAGGGUUGAGUUCUUGAGAGGCGUUCUUGGUUCCGACGAGAACGUUGUCAAAGCUUUUUCGAAUGAUAUUUCGCUUUUAUCUUGUAACCUUGAGAAGAUGAUCAAACCCAAUCUCAGUUUCUUGAGGAAAUGUCGACUUUCUGAUGCGAGGAUUGGGUCCUUGAUGAUGAAGGUUCGGCAGCUCAUGGGUAGACCUCUCAGCUACCUGGAAGCUGUGGCUAAUAGGGUUGAGGAACUGGGAAUUCCUCGCGGAUCUAAGAUGUUUUAUCAAGCGUUCCGUUUCUUUAUAGCAAAUAACUCAGAUGUGGUGAAAACAAAGAUCAAGUUUUUGGGCAAAUUAGGGUUUUCAGAGGCUGAGAUUCUGUCAGCUAUUCAGAAACAACCUUCUGUUGUCAGUUUGUCUGAGAAAAACUUGCAGGAGACGAUUAAAUUCUUGGUAAUGGAAGCAGGAUGUGAGCCUUCUUAUGUGAUUAGUCAUCCCUCCAUCUUGGGGCUUAGUUUGAAUAGAAGAUUGAUUCCAAGGAAUCGUAUCCUGAAGCUUCUGAAGGCGAAGGGACAUCUAAAGAAGGAGUUAGAUUUUUACAACUACAUUGCACUUUCUGAGAUGAAAUUUAUGAACAAAUUUAUAUUUCCUUAUCAGAAAAAGAUGCCAAAGCUCCUUGAUGUUUAUGUCUCUGCUUCUGCUGAGAAGGUUCUGAGUUAGUACUGUUUCUUAUGAAGAAAGCAGGCGUUGCAAAGAUAAUAUCAGUAGGACACUGAUGAUUCCAGACUGAAGCCAAAGAUUUAAGCUUUUUAAGCAAGCCAGGGUUCUCUGAAACCCAG